AUGUUUUUUUUUAAAUUGCCAAUAUAUGCUCAUAAAAAAUUGAACUUUUCUUAUAAUUCAAAAAGAAAAUUUUUUAUUUUUUUAAAAAAUGAAAAUAAUAUAAGGUUAAAUCUGCAUUAUAAACUAAAGUAUAAAAAUAAUUUUAUAGAAAUAAAUAAAGUAUAUUUUAAUUCUUUAUCUGAUAAAAAAAAGAAAAAUCUUGGAGAAAAACAGAAAAAUAUAAUAUUAAAAGAUGAUGCUUAUGAAAACAAUGAAUGUAUUUAUAUUAAAGACGAAAAAAAAUUAGUUGUACUUAAGAAAACUAAAAGUAUUAUUAAUGAAAAUAAUAUCAAAGAUUAUCACUUAAAUGACAAAGUAAAAAUAAAUAAAUAUGAUGACAUUGAAAAAAAUAUCCAUUCUAGUAAAUUAGGUGAUAAUAUAAAAGAUAUCUAUUAUGAUAAUUCAAAUAACAAUUCAGAAAAAGAUAACUUAUUUAUUAAUAUAAAUGACAAUAUAGAAGAAAAUGUUAAUUUAAUAUACGAAACUUAUGAUAAAGAAGAAAAUAACAAAUUUAUUACUUUAAAUGAUAAUGGAAAAUAUAAUAAGUAUAUUAAUAAUACAAAUGACGAUACAAAAAAAAGGAACAGCCAUUUUAACAAUGUUACAAAUUAUGAUAGAGAAAACAAGGAAUGUUUUAGUAAUAAUAUAAAUAAUGAUGUUGAAAAAAAAAAAAAUGAAGCAUUAAUGAAAUUAUUAACAGAAGAAAAUGAUAAUAUUAUGUUGAGGAAUGAAAAAAGAUUUUGUGAUUUUUUAUGGGUUGUAGCAAAAUCAGGCAAAGGAGGAUCACCAAAUUAUAAAAAACAAAGAAGUAGAAAAUUAAAGGGAGAAGGAUAUGGAGGACAUGGAGGUAAUAUUAUUUUAAAAAGUAAAAAAAGUAUUUUCGAUUUAAUUAAAAUCGAACAAAAGAUUAAAGCUAAUAAUGGAGAGGAUUUUAAAGAAAAUAGUAGAGGAAAAGAUGGAAAAGAUAAAAUUGUAUAUGUUCCGGUAGGUACUAUAGUAAGAAAAAAAAUUUCUUGUAGAAAAAAAAAUGAAAACAAUAGAAAAAUUUAUAAAAGUGUGUUCUGGUAUCAAUUUUUAAAUGAAAAUGAAGAAUUACUAGUAGCCAGGGGAGGAAAAGGAGGAAUUUCUUAUUCCUAUUUUAAAAAGCAUGAUUUUAGAUUACCAGAAGAAAGUGAGAAAGUACUAUUAGAAUUAGAACUAAGAUUAUUAAAUGAUGUAGCUUUUAUAGGAAUUGAAAAUAGUGGUAAAACGUCCUUAUGUAGUAGUUUAAGUAAAUAUUAUGGAAACAUAAAUAGUGAUAUAUUUACUACGACCAUCCCUCAUAUAUCUAAUAUUAAUUAUAUAGAUGGAGUUCAGAUAACAUUAUUAGAUACACCGUUUUUAUUUUAUAAUGCUCAUAAAGAUAAAAAUAAAGGUAAAAGAAUAUUGAGGCAUUUAUAUAGAAGCAAAUUAAUCGUAUAUGUUGUAGAUGUUUCUAAUGAUAAAUUAAAAAAUGUAGAUGAUUUGCAAAUAAAUGAUUAUUACUUAGAAAGUUUAAAAAAAGAGAAUUACGUAAAAAAUGAGGAAACCAAUUAUGAGAGUAAUAAAGAUAUUAAAAAUCAAUUGGAUAAUAAAAUAAAAUGGCAAAUAACUCAUAGAGAAGAUGAUAACUUAAAGGAUUAUUAUAAUGACACUAUAAAACAAAUAAAAAUGCUUAGAAAUGAAUUGUUCUUAUUUAAUCCUGAAUAUUUAAAAAAAAAAGAGUUAGUUGUAGCAACAAAAUGUGAUAUGCUACAUAAAAAUUCCUUGCUUAAUUUAGAUUCGUUAUAUUUUCGUUUGAAAAAUAUUUUUCCAGAAAUUGAGGUAAUUGGAACAUCGGCAAAAUUUGGUUUAGGUAUUAAAUCACUUAGUAAAAAAAUAAGAGAAUUAGUUUAUCCACAAUAUAUUCUACAAAAUAAUAAAUUAUAUUCUAAAAACAUAGAAGAUUACGUUAUACCUACAUAUAAAGACUUUAAAGAAGGAAAGAAAAAAUUAAAAGAUUAUGAAUUACCAGAAAAUAUUAAACAUAUAUACGAUCAUAAUUAUAAAGAAAAUUUUGAAUAUUUUUUAAAAAAAAAGAGAAAUAAUACAGAUAUGCAUGAAAACGAAAUUAACUCAAAAGAAAACAUUAAAUUUUUAGCUGAUGAUGAAACAUAA